AUGAAGUCGCAGGUUGCAAGCCAGCGCUGGCAGAGGUUUAAUGACAUUGACUGUGUAAGUACUGGACAAGCAGAUGGUGUUCCUCAGAGCAGUGGAGAGGUAAAGAGGUCUGAAGUGUCUGAUGCUGUGAAACAGGGAGGUGAGAGUGCAUCAUGUCAACCACAGGUAUCUUAUGCAGACAUACUUAAGAGGAGACGUGUAAGUGAGUCACCUGCAGCAGGUCUGUCUAACUCUGAACAGGUAAACCACAGAGGUGAAACUAAUGAUCCAGGUAUACAACAGGUAACACAUGCAAACAUGUUGAAGAGAAAACUUCCUCGGGUGUCAUGUACUGCCGGUCCGUCCGACUCUCAGGUGAACUACGCAGCCCAAACUGACGAGCCAUUUUCAACCCAGGUAUCCAUUGCAGACACUGCUAAGAAGGGAAACCACAGUAAUUAUCAGUCUGUAUCAGCCUCUUCUCGGGCAACAAAUGUUAACGCUGUUAAUCCGUCAGGUGAACAAAAUGUCUGUGCGUCACGCAGCCAAGCGUCUCUGAAAUACGGCCGAUCCAGAAACCAGCAGUGCACCUGUAACUCACUGACAUUUCUAGCAUUCCUGUAUGAGAGAGAACACAUCACCAGAGCAGAUCUGGACCGUGUUUUGGAUAAAGGUGAUGUGAUGUACAGAGAAAUCAGAAAAACUGUUGAUCACGCCCAUCUGACAACCGAUGAGCUCCCUAACCAGGUUCCUGCACGCAGGCACACGCAGAGUGUUGACAUGUCACAGCUGUCUAGAUACGGUACGUUUGGAGAUCCGGAUCCCAGAGCUGUUGAUACCUUUCUGGACCUCGUUUCAGGGCUGAGCUGCUUAUUAUCAGAUGUGCAGUAUGCUUUGCUGCUGAUGACUUCACUGUGCAUUGCAGUUUUCAGAACCAGAGAUGGCAGGUACGGUUUCUUUGACCCACAUGCUCGGACAGCUAACGGGUUGCCUCUGCUUCAGGCCACACCAACUCCUGGUACCGCUGUCAUGGUAACAUUCACACGCCUCAGUGACAUGAUUAACAGGCUCAUCAGAUAUCACCGCAUAUUGGGCACUGCAGCGUCCUGUCGCUAUGAGCUCAAACCAGUUGUGUUCUAUGAUGAAAACCCAAGUGAUGCUAUCCCAGCCACAGAAAGUCAGUCCUCAAGUCCCUCUGUAACAACCACUGAGAUAAAUGAUGACACAAGUGCCCCACAGAUGAACUCUGAUGUCCAUGAACACAUUGUACAUGACAUGAAAACUGAACCAGAACCACUGAUCAACUUCAGCCAGUGUUCUGUCACAUUAACUGGUCCUGAAUCUCUCGCUCCAGAGAUGAACACUACUGUAAGUGAUGACUGUCAUGACACAUCACAGAAAAUCUCAACUUUGAUGGAAACACAGGCUCAUCAACCAGGUCAAAUCAGCAAUAAUUCCAUCACACUAGAGGAAAUUCAGGAGACACAAUCAAAUUUGACACAACCAUGUAUAACUAUCCCGUUUGCCAGUGAAAAUGUUGUCCAUGACAUCUCCAGUAAACUUUCAAAACUGGAAAAAAAAAAGAGGAAAAAAUACGAGAGGAGACAAAUGGCAUCUAAAAAGACAACACAAGGGAAAGAGGAUAAAAAAAUGAAAGAGAGAGAAAAGUAUGCUAAGGAUGAAACAUAUAAAAAAAAGAAAAAGUCUUAUUCAAGUAACAGAUAUUCUGACAACCCUGAAAUACAGUCAAAGAAAAGACAAAAAAUCACAACUAAAUAUAGAGAAAGCACAGACUUCAGACUUAAGCAAAAAGACUAUAUCACUAAAAGAUACAGAGAAAAUGUUGAAUUCAAAGACAGACAAAAAGAAAAUAUCAGGAAAAAAUACAGAGAAAAUGUUGAAUUCAAAGACAGACAAAAAGAAAAUAUCAGGAAAAAAUACAGAGAAAAUGUUGACUUCAAAGACAGACAAAAAGAAUAUAUCAGGAAAAAAUACAGAGAAAAUGUUGAUUUUAAAGGCAGUCAAAAGGAAUAUAUCAGGAAAAAGUACUCAGAGGACAUUAAUUUCCGGCAAAGACAGCGAUCAUAUAUCAAUCAUCGAUAUGCAAAUGAUGAAAUAUUCUGUCACCGACACAGACAGCUGAUGAGACAAAUGAUGCGAGACAG